UUUCGAUUGUAGUAGCCUUGAUUUUACAAAUCAGUAAGAAAAAUCUAGAUAGAGAAAGAAAGGGUGAUGUGAAGGAUAAGAGGGUUUAGCGACUGCAGAAUCUGGGGGUGGUGUGGUUUCCACCCACGAGAGCUACACGGCUACUUCGGCUUCUAUAGCAGAAGAGUAUCAAUUGCUAAAAACUCAAACAGUAUUCACACAGAGAAAGAUGAAGAAGGAGCCGUACAAGGACACGUGGGAAGGACUAGAGGAGAAACUACAUCGUUUUGGUCGAAGCAAAACGACAUCAUUGGGUACAUGUCAUUUAAAAACAAUUUCAAUUUAUUCAGAUUUUCCACAUCAUUUAAAUUUUAGUUCACAUCAGAAAUUAAAUUGUUAUGUGUAUGUAUUAGUUCAUUGAAAUUCUUUGCCAGAUGCAAAAACAACUUAAUAACAUACUUGAAGUAUAUUGGGGCAGAAAAUUUUAAAUAUACACAAGACGCAAAAUUGGUCAUAGUUGAGAUAUUUAGCAGCAUUUAGACCUAUUUUUAUUGAGUGUUUGAUUUAACAAUAUAAAGGAAUUACUAUUAAGAAUUUUUUAUUUUAUUUUUCUCAUCUAUUUUGAGGGAUAAUAAAUUGGAUGAUUUGAUUAUCCUUAAGUAAGAGUAAUGAUUAACUCAUCACAAAAACCAAACAAUAAAUUAUGAAUUCAAUUAAUUGAAUUCAUUUCCAAUCUCCAAUUACGCGUAAUCAAACAUGGGCUAGUGCGUUCACAACAAAUACGAUGUUCUAUUUUUAUAUGUUGAAUCAAACAUAUAAAAAUAAUUUACACUUAAUACUGUAUUUAUAAAUAAUUCCACAUACAAAUUAUUUAAUAAAUUAACUUUAAUUGAUCAAUUUCUCUACUUUAAAUAUACGUUUUAAUUAUUUAUUAAAAUUCAUAGUAUAUCUUUGAUUGAUAAAUUUAUUAUAAAAAAAGGAGAAAUAACAAAAAAUUCUCCCUUUAAAUUUAUUUUUCAUUCUUGAUUUUCACUUUAAAAUGAGAUAAUAUUAUUAUACGAAAAAUUAAGGAAUAAUAUUAUCCAAAGAAUAAGAAAUAAUGAAAUUUAUUUUUGUAAAUAUAUCUUUUUUUUAAUGAUAAAUUUAUAAACGAAGGGGAAAAGAAUAAGAUAUUAGUUGUUGUCUAAAUCUAAUAUACCUCCGCGAAGUUUUACGUAACCAAAACGAUUCGAUUCUCCACUUUUCUCUCUCCACCCCUCUCUCUCUUCCUCAUACACUCCUCCCCCAAAAACCCAAACCACCAAUCCAAAAACAAAACCAAAAAAGUUUGACAUCUCCUUGGAUCGGGGACGACAUUACACAUAAUGGCGCCCCGUCUCUUGAGCUGUUUCAGGCGGCGACCCUCCGGCGACCCCCACCGCGAGACCGAUAAGGUGACGGCGGAGGAGCAGCGUGGAGAAGGCGGGCCGGUGGUGGUGGAGCUGUUCUCGUCGCAGGGGUGCGCGAGCUCGCCGGAGGCGGAGCUGCUGUUCUCGCGACUGGGGAGGGGCGAUUUCCCGGUGGAGGCGCCGUUGAUACUGUUGGGGUAUCACGUGGACAUCUGGGAUUAUAUGGGGUGGAAGGACCCCUUCGGAUCCAGCCAAUGGACGGUGCGGCAGAAGGCGUACGUGGAGGCCCUGCAACUCGACACCAUGUUCACCCCUCAGAUCGUGGUUCAGGGCCACGCCCAGUGUAUCGCCAAUGAUGAAGACGCCAUGCUCUCCUGCAUCGCCUCUGCUCCCACUUUCCCUGCUCCUUCCUUCCAGGCUCGUUUCGAGAAGCCAACGCCGGAGUCAUUGCAAGUAACACUAACAGGAGCUCUGCGAUCAAAUGUGGAUCAUGAUGGUGUGAAUGUGAUGGUUGCUCUCUAUGAUUCGGGCUUGGUCACCGACUGCUCCGGCGGCGUCAACAAGGGCCGCGUCCUCGCCAAUGACUACGUUGUCCGACGCCUCGAGAAGCUCUGCUCCGUCAAAGACAUAUCCGCCAAGAAAACUCUCUCAGGGACCCUCAAUUUUCCUCUAUGGGAAGGCUUCAAUGCUGCCAAAUGUGGACUCGCCGUCUUCCUUGAGACUCCCUCUCAUCGCAUUCUUGGCUCGCAGAGCUUUAAGUUGCCGGAGAAGCUUUAAGAUUUUCUUUUUUGUCGCCUACGGCUUGUUGAGUACGAGAGAUUAUCGACUGUAAAGGUCUCGUAGAUGCUACAUAUGAUGAAAUACAGUGUGUACUCUCGACGUGCACACGCAGGUAUGUGUGUGUGCGUGGAUUAGGAGCGCUCGUAUUGUAUUUUGCGAAGACAUCUAUGAUUGGAUUGUGGCCAAGUUAUUUGGGUGCUGUUUGUAUAGGGUGUGCGUGAAUGGUGGUUAGAUUACAUUGAUUUUUUCAUUCUAUUGUUUUCUAAUUCUUCUUUACCUUCUUCUUUCUAUAAAUAAGAAGUUUAGCA